AUGGCAGAUAGGCUGGGUCUAAAGUUCGAUGGGGUGAUGGAAUUUGAAAGAGCUCUUGAGCUCCGAAAUCGAAUGAAGAAUGAAAAGAGGUUCCUCAUAAUUUUAGAUGAUAUUUGGAAUGAUAAGCUGAAGCUUGAGGAUGUUGGAAUAGUUUUUGAAAGUGAUCAAAAGAGAUGUAAGAUAUUAAUGACUUCUAGAUUUGAGAGAGUACUGGGUAAUAAUAUGGGUGUUGAUAAGAAUUUCAAAGUUGACAUUCUUUCAGAAGAUGAAGCAAGGAAUUGGUUCGAGAGCAUAGUGGGCGAUAAGUUUGUUACAACUCCUGCAUUUGAAGAAUAUGGGAAUAAGAUCGUGAAAAAAUGUGGGCGCCUACCACUUUGCAUUGUAACCGCUGCACAUUCAUUGAAAAAUUGUGAUAAGUUGCCUUUAUGGAGAAAUACCUGGAGACAACUUCAGAGGUCUAAACAUGAUGAAGUUGUGCACACUGCUAUCAAACUAUGUUACGAUAAGUUACGGAGUGAUGAAGCAAAGCAAUUACUUUUGCUCUGUUCAUUGCAUGAAGAGGAUGUAAACAUAAGCAUGGAGAAUUUAAUGAGAUAUUGUGUGGGCCAAAUCAACAUGUUUAAAGAUGCCUAUACAUUGCAAGAGGCAAGAGAUUUGGUGUACUGUUUGGUUGAGGAACUCAAAGAUUGCUGUUUGUUGUUGGGCGGUGAUCAUUCUGAUACAGUUAAAAUGCACGACGUCGUUCGUGACGUUACCGUAUCAAUUGCGAAAGAAAGUCAUGAUACGCAUUGUUUUGGAGAUGGUAGUGAGGUAGAAAAAUUUCUCGAGGAGAAGAAAUUUGAAGACUUAAAAGCAAUCUCACUGCCUAAUGGUUAUCUGGAUGAGUUGGUUUUUGACAAGUCGGAAUAUACAAAGCUUCAGUUAAUGAUUUGUAUGAGGAAGAAAUAUAGGGAAACAAUCCCACGUGGUUUUCUUGACAGAAUAAAACUGCUUAGGGUGUUAGUUUUGUAUCCAGAGGUGUCUGCUUCACAUUUAUCAUCCUUGCAAAAUCUUUGCACCUUGUGUUUAGGUAAUUUUGAUGUGAAAGACAUAGCUGAAAUUGGAAAACUCAAGUACCUAGAAAUUCUUGACCUUUCUCGAUCUAAAGUCGAGAAAUUUCCAGGUGAGAUAGGACAACUUACUCGUCUACGCAUGUUAGAUUUGAAUGGUUGUCAAGAUCUUCAAGUGAUUGAACCCAAUGUCAUACUACAUUUGAAACGUUUAGAAGAGUUGUACGUGGAUUGGUUUGUGAACUGGCAUAGUGUUGAUCACGUAGACAGUAAUGGGGAGAAAAGUAAUGCAGGUCUUGAUGAGCUAAAACAUUUGGAUCAUCUGACUGCUUUACAUUUAUGUUUUAAAGAGGGAACAUUUCCAACGGAGUAA